AUGCACGCUGCUCGAGAAAUUUAUUUCAAAGAGUGGGAUCCCCAGCGCAACUCACUUCCAGAUAGCAGUAAUGUAGAUAGACUCAGGGACUUCAUCAAGCAUGUUUAUGUGGAUAGAAGAUACACUGGGGAAAGGAGUAUUGACCGGCCUCCGAGGGUGAAGGGUGACAGGGAAGAUUCUUACCAAAACAAUAGGGAAGAUUCAUAUCGGGGAGGUUCAAGAAGUCCUCCAUAUGAUGAGACCUAUGAACACCGAUAUGGUGAACGGCUUGGUUCUAGAAGUCCUGCGAAUAGGCAAGAUGAUUAUAAGAGAAGUCCUGCCGAGAGAAGUCUAGGUGAUAGGACCCCGAAUAGGAGCUCUAGUGGAAAUUUUGAGGAUCGCAGAGUUCCAGAUGGAAUCCCAAAGCCAGCUGUGAAGUUGCAGAACAAUCAGAAAGAUGUUGGUGCAGCAAGUCCGCCUACGGCACAGCCGGUCAGAGAUAUUUUGGCUGGGGUUCCACCUGUUCGAGUACUUGAACCACCUAAAACAAAUAGCAUCCCAACCACUAAUUCCUCUGCUCAGGCACAGACUGUUCCAACUUCAAGAAGCAACUCCAAUCAAGUAAACUCAGCAGAAAAUAAUGCAUUCAACUCCAAAAGUUUAAUUGACUUCGACCCAGAUCCUGAGCCUCCCCAAGCUGGAGCAAUGCAAUCGGUGCCGCAACAGAGCAACUCUUCACCUGCUAUAGAGGGUGGUUGGGCUUCAUUUGACUCUGGUUCUCCACAAAAACCUCCACAGACUGCUACAGAUUCAAGUACAUUGGAAUCAACAUUGGUCCAGUUGUCUGCUCCUUCUUCAUCGGCCCCUGCACCCAACUUUUCAACCAUGACAGCCAAUGCUGUCAAUUCAUUUCCUAAAGCUAAUAAUGGAGGCCAAUGGCCUACUUUGCAGCAGCAUCAGCAGCUUUCUCUCUUCCCAGAUUCAAAUGGUCAAGCUAAUAAUCCACUGCUCGCCACACCUGUAGUUACUACUCAAAAUAACCAGCCAUGGGGUGCAUCACUCGCUCCAACUAUGCAGGGUUCCACCACUCCUCCAGUUGGUCGGGCUAUUCAAGCGUCUAUAAAUGGUCCUCAAGUAGUUCCUACAGUUUCAUCACAUCCUCCUGCCUCAGAGUAUAAGAAUAGUGGAAGAAAAGCACUCCCAGAAGAUCUCUUUACCGUGAUGUAUCCAACAGGACCUCCAUCUGUUGCCGGUUGGCAAACAAGUCAAAAUUUUGCUACCAUGGGAUAUGGAUUUCAGUAUCCAGCAGCAGCUAUGAUGCCACCAUAUGCUCCUUCAAGAUCAAUAAACCCCUUUGAUAUGAAUGAGCACAAGUUAGCUCAUUCUUCCACGUUCCCGUCUCUGUCAUCCUUGCAAGGAGCAUUGCCAAAUAUGAAUAAUACUGUACCGCUCUCACGUGCCGUCAGUUUGGGAUCCCUUCCUGCACAAUGGAUGCCCUCACAACAGCCUCCUUAUGCAUCAGCUGCUGCUCCAAGUCCAUAUAUGUUGCACCCAAGUGCAGGUAGCUUGCCCCAACAAGCACCUGCUAAUGUGUUCCCUAUGGGGAAUCAAGCGGUUGGAGCUUUUCCUAAUGAUAGAAGUGCUUUGGGCUUUUCGAGCAUGGAUCAGAAUUUGGCUGUUAGAAAUGCACAAUCUGCUACUCCAAAUUCUUUUGCUCCUGUUGGAGCUUCUCCAAAUUCUUUUGCUCCUGUUGGAGGAAAUCCCUUUGCUUAGAUACUUACACCCAGUUGAUUAGAUUGGAUAAAGCAAAAUAUCAACAGCUCCACCGAGAACCAAAUUUUCAGUCAGUUAUUUGGGUCACUGGAGUGAAAUGCGAUGCACGACUACCAUCGGGAGAACGCGAGAUUACCUCUUGAUUUAAAUGUUCACACCAAUAAGAGGCAAAAAAAAGGUAUCUAUUUCCAUACUAUUUAGUGUAUUCUUAAGCUUCCAUGUGGCAAUGCUAAUGUGAUGAGCUCUUUGCUGCUUCUGUGGAUCUGUAGGUAUGUAAUAUUUUGUAUGUGUUUCAAUCUUUGUUUCCAACUGUGGGUACAUGUUAUUUAUAUAGCCUUUGCAGUCUUUGUAAUCAUUGAUUAGUAUGGUUAUUUAAGUUGGGAGGGGUUUUGUAACAUUCUGCUUGUUUGUUGUACACUCAAAUCAAUGAAAAAUAUGUUUUGUUUUGUGUUUGAGCAA